AUGACGUACGUAGGUUUGUUUUGCUGCACCACAACAGGUGUGCUCUUUUGCUGCGGUCUUCCUUCGAAUGCGCUUGAGUUGGCUGGACACUUCUUCAGUUGCUCCACGCUGAACACUUUGUUCAUGAAUCGCAUGGAUUCUGGCAACUCCAAUCGAUACACCAGCGUAAUGAAUGGUGAUGUUCUUCGGGUUGAGCAGUACCUAUUGUCCAACCUCGAAGCUCUCGUUGCGUCGCUUGCGAUCGUAGUAUCGUUUCUGCUGCUCCUAAGCUGCUUGGAGUGA